AUGUCCUCAUCCUCGUCCUCAUCCUCCUGGCAAGACCGCCGCUUCAUGUUCCCGGCGGGCCGCGAGGUCCACGAAGGCAGCGCUGCCCGCCGCAUGUCCGGCUCCUCCGGCAGCGACAAGACCGCCGACUCUCCCAUCCUGACCAAUGCCACCCCAUCUGCUGCUGCUGCUGCCGCCGCCGGAGCGACACCAGCUCUGCCCGACUACCCGGUCGUGGACAAGAAGGUGCUCUCCAACCCGGACGCGUGGGGCGGCGACCGACGGUUCAUGGGCAUGGGCGCAAGAGAGGUGCACGUACCCGCGCGCCGCCUGAGCGGGUCGGGUGCGAACAAGCCCGCCGAGGUACCCAAGGCUAGCUCACCCCCUGCGACGAGCUCCGGCGGAGGUGUUGCGGCUGCGAUUGCCGGGCGGAGACGGUCCUCCGCUUCCAACCAAGGCGGUAUUUUCUCCGGCCUCAUGGCCAACCGAACCGCCCACUCCGAGCGUCGCCAGAGCUGGGAGGACAUGAAGAAACCGGAAGGCUUCAGCGGCUUCUUGUCCGGGCUGGUCAAUACCAAGCCUGCGGAUGAGAAGAAGUAA